AUGGAGGCGCGCGACCGAUGGUUCCAUGGCAUUCACGCCCAUUCCGUCCCGGUCCCGGGCGCGUCCCCCCUCAACAAAUCGGGCAGCGCCCCGGGAUCUUCCUCGGACUCCAGGAUCCUCGCGCUGGCAACUCCCGAUGACCUCGUCAAGCUUGACCUCUACGGCACUCUCGCGGAGAAGCACGUUGGGCUCACCAGGAGACAAGUGCGACUGAUGUACCGGGACGUGCGCGAGCGAACCGAACGCGUCUUCGCGGGUCUCACCCCCGAGCAGCUCAGGGGAAAAAUCGAGAGUUCGCUCAACCCGAUGGACUGGGGCCUCGGACACAUCGCGCACUUCUACGAAUUCAUGAUCCUGCGGCUUCUCGCGCCCGGGUCCGAGCCCGUCCUCCCCGGUCACGACGUCCACGCGCUCUUCGACUCGUUCAGGGCCGCGCACGACGACAGGUGGAAACCGAAAGAGGUUUGCGGGAGCGACCCCACGCUCGGCGAGAUUCGUCGAUACAUCGCCGACGUCACCGACCGAUUGGUUAACCUGGUGGGUCCCGACGACGACACGCGGCUGGACCCGGUGUCCACCUAUCUGCACGUCUACGGCGUCGUGCACGAGCACUGGCACGUCGAGGAUUUCAUCCAGACGCGCCACACGCUCGGUUACGCCCGGCCCAACCCGUUACCUUCCUCGCCCGAUCCCGCGGUGGCAAACGUGUGGGGCGAUACCUUCGCGCCGCCCACCUUUGCCAACAUCGAUUCGAUCGGCGGCAUCGCCCAGGGUGCCCACUCGGGGUUCGUGUCCAUCCCCGCGGGGACGUAUUCGCUCGGCGCCACCAAGGAUGAGCCGUGGGUGUUCGACGCCGAACGUUGGGCGCACGAGAUUGAAGUGCCGGCGUUUAGAAUAGCAAAGGCGGCCACCACGAACGCGGAGUUCGCCGCGUUCAUCGCCGCGGGCGGGUACCAUAAACGGGAGCUGUGGUCGCACGAGGGGUGGAGGUGGCUGUCGAGGAACAGGUCGGAGCAGAAGAGCAGAGGGAUGAGCGACGAGGACGCGGCGAAAGCCGGUCUCAACUCGGAGGCGCCGCGAUACUGGGUCCGCAAAGGGUCCGGUGAAGGCGGCGGAUUCAGCAAGGUGGCGGGGGGUUGGCACGAACACCUGUUCGACGCGGCGCCCGCGCCGGUGCGGCCCCACGCGCCCGUGCUCCACGUGAGCUGGUACGAAGCCGAGGCGUAUUGCGCGUGGGUCGGCGGGCGGCUUCCCACCGAGGCUGAGUGGGAGGUUGCGGCGAGGACCGAGCCCGGGAACUACGGCGUCGUCAAGGGCCCGAGGCGCAGGGCGUACCCGUGGGGGGACUCGCCGGGCCCGGACCCGAGCCGCGCCAACCUGGACGGCUUCCGCGGCAACAGCGUCGACGUCGGUUCCCUACCAGACGGCGACAGCGCGUGGGGAUGCCGGCAGAUGCUGGGUAACGCGUGGGAGUGGACAUCCAGCGCCUUCCUCCCUUACCCCGGCUUCCAGAUGGACUUUCCGUACAGGGAGAACAGCGCGCCGUGGUUCGGGUACCGCAAGGUUUGCAAGGGCGGCUGCUGGGCCACGUCUGCACCGAUAGCCAGAGCGGGAUACAGGCACAGUUUCUGGCCGGAGAUGAACGCCGUUUACACCGGGUUCCGCGUCGCCGUCGACGGCGCGCCGGGCGCCAUCGGGAAGCUCUGA